AUGUCCUCCGUCAAUUUAGAUUCAGAAACCCCACGCUCUCGUCAACAAUCCGGCGUAGCAUGCGACGAGUGCCGAAGACGAAAACUUCGUUGCGAUCGAGGUCAGCCUCAAUGUGGCGUGUGUCGGGAUUCCGACACAACAUGUGUCACAACAACGAUACGGCAACCUCGCGGUCCGAGAAAAGGUCAUCUACGCGCGUUACAGUCUCGAAUCAUCGCGCUCGAGCAACGCCUCAGCAGUGAGGGACUAGAAGAUACUGGCGAGGACGAGCUCAUACGAUUUCCUGAUGAAACAAAUACCUUUCCAGAUCAUUCUUUCCCAGAUCUCGUACCUGCAUACUCUCAGGAUAGCUUUGAGAAAGAGGGUUCCAACAGCAGCUCCUCAAAUGGUUUUGGCGUCGACAUUGUCUUCUCACAACCCGGCUCGACCAUGACUAUGCCUUUGACAGGAUUGUCGCCUAUCAGUUUUAUUAAUGAUCUGACGAGGUCGGAUCUGGAUCACCUCUACUUUGAUAGAUUUCACAGCUUUUUCCUCAUUCUCAACAAGCGACACUACUUCGCACGAGCCCGAAGAAUAUGCACCGAGAGCGACGUCGAUUCCUUCCACUGUCUUCAACAUGUUAUGUGGACGCUUGCCGUUUCUACCUCAAGCCAAUUCCAGCAUAUCCAAGACGAUCUAUACUCGCAAACAAGGCUCUUGAUUGAAAACCUGGAAACAAAGCAGCCUCAAUCUGACUGCAUUGAUCUUGAGCAAGUCCAGGCUUGGGGCUUGCUGUCUGUGUAUGAAUUUAUGCAUGUAGGUUAUCGACGGGCAUGGAUGAGCGCGGGGAAGUUUUUUCGCUACGUGAUACUUAUGAAGCUACAUAAUGUAGACGGGCUCGAUGGCAUUGCAGCAAAUCAACCCCAGACAUUAAACGUCACUGAGAUCGAAGAACGAAGGCGGACGUUCUGGAUGGCAUACACGAUCGAUCAAAUUACCAGUUUGCUAGACCGCUUACCAUUGACCUUCGAUCAGCACAUUAUCUUGACCCGCCUACCCUGUUCUGAGAAAGAAUUCCAGUCAGACGAGGUUGUGGUCACAGAGUUUUUGCGCAGUCUGCCUCUCCAAACCGAUAAUCAACCACCAUCUACAUUCACAGACUCAAUUCAACUGAUCGGUAUAUGUGGACAAUUAUUAUCGCAUCAACAGCAAGGUGCUGCUGAGCAUACGCAGGGUUUGAUGUCACUACCUCUGUGGGACAGACAGCAACAGCUUGAUGCAGGGCUCGAACAAGCCUUGAAGGGCAUGUCUCUCGAUGACCCAUACACGUUGAUCUUUCAGGGUCCGAUGGUCUAUUUCACAGUGCUAGCAGCACAAGCCUCUGCUCUAGUGUCAUUUACGUCCUGUCGCACAGCACCAUGGGCUAUGGAAGAUACCACUAAAGGUGCGGCUCAGCGUGAGAAAAGAGCAGUUGAGGCAGCGCAACAGAUGACCACACUUUCGAAGGCGCUGAUCGAGUUGAGCUAUUUCAAGAUUCACCCAUUCACGCCGGUUCUUCUCUAUCUUUGCGCGGAGUUCAUUAGCUCGAACCCUCACGUCGACUCGACUUUUGAGAUGCAGUUAGAACUACAGAACGUGCUGCAUACUUUAAGUCAUGUCAACCGUACUGCGAAAGAGUGCUUGGCUAGGCUUCACAUGGUUUGA